AGGAAGGUCAUCAUGGGAGCAUUUUUAGACAAGCCAAAGAUGGAGAAGCAUAAUGCCCAGGGGCAAGGGAAUGGGCUCCGUUAUGGCCUGAGCAGUAUGCAAGGCUGGCGAGUGGAAAUGGAGGACGCGCACACGGCCGUGAUUGGUUUGCCAAACGGACUUGAUGGAUGGUCAUUUUUUGCUGUGUACGAUGGGCACGCUGGAUCACAGGUUGCCAAGUACUGCUGUGAGCAUUUAUUAGAUCACAUCACGAGCAACCAGGAUUUUAAAGGGCCAGAUGGGCCACCAUCUGUGGAAAGUGUAAAGAGCGGCAUCAGAACAGGUUUUCUGCAAAUUGAUGAACACAUGAGAGUCAUCUCCGAGAAGAAACAUGGCGCAGACAGAAGUGGGUCAACAGCUGUGGGUGUCAUGAUUUCCCCCCAACACACAUACUUCAUCAACUGUGGAGACUCGAGAGGUUUGCUUUGUCGAAACAGGAAGGUUCACUUCUUCACACAGGAUCACAAACCAAGUAAUCCACUGGAGAAGGAGCGUAUACAGAAUGCAGGUGGCUCUGUAAUGAUCCAGCGUGUGAAUGGCUCCCUGGCUGUUUCACGGGCACUUGGGGACUUCGAUUACAAAUGUGUCCAUGGGAAAGGUCCUACAGAACAGCUGGUCUCCCCCGAGCCUGAAGUGUAUGAAAUCGAGAGAUCAGAAGAAGACGAUCAGUUCAUUAUCCUGGCUUGUGACGGGAUCUGGGAUGUUAUGGGAAAUGAAGAGCUGUGUGACUUUGUAAGAUCCAGACUUGAAGUCACUGAUGACCUUGAGAAAGUUUGCAAUGAGAUAGUUGACACCUGCUUGUACAAGGGAAGUCGAGACAACAUGAGUGUGAUAUUGAUCUGUUUUCCGAAUGCACCAAAGGUAUCGCCAGAGGCGGUGAAAAGAGAGGCAGAGUUGGACAAGUACCUGGAAAGCAGAGUAGAAGAGAUCAUAAAGAAGCAGGGUGAAGGAGUCCCAGACUUAGUCCACGUGAUGCGUACGUUAGCAACUGAGAGCAUCCCAAACCUCCCGCCGGGGGGUGAGUUGGCAAGCAAACGGAGUGUGAUCGAAGCCGUUUAUAACAGACUGAACCCCUACAGGAAUGAUGAUGCUGAUUCUGCCUCAACUGAUGAUAUGUGGUAAAACUGCUCAUCUAGCUGUGGAGUUCACGUUUCAUCCUGCAAAUGAAAGUGCAGCCCAACCUCAGUGACCCUUCUUAACAUCCAUCCUCAACCUUAAUUAAAGAAGGGAAUAUGAUGUGUUGGUGAGAGUGACUACAGCAGUACGACAUCUAGCCCAGGAACUGAUCUUUUUUUGUAAAACAGACUUCUGUAAACGUGAUUUCAAACCAUAAUUCAUGUUGUAAAUCAGACUCCAGCAAUUUAUGUUGUAUGAUUUUGUUUUUGUAAAGUGCAAUUGUCUUUGUACAAAAUGCUCAUAUUUAAUUAUGAACUGCUUUAAAUCACUAUAAAGGUUAGACGAACUGUUUUGGCUUGUGUGAUGCAACAAUAUAUAUCCCUUUUAAAUUCAUGUUGUGGUUUUGGAUUGCAAGGAGCAGCAGCCUAGCCAGCUUAGGUGCUCAAGAGGUGCACAAAACUGUAAAGAUAACCUUUGGGUUUAUAUGAAAGCUGAACUCAUGGGCAGCUGGCCAGAAAUUACAGUGUGUGGAUUUGCUUGGCAAUGGACAAAUAACUGAAGAGCAGUGCACAUUCUGCAACAAAAGUAUAUCAUUUCCUUGGAUGCACUCCUGCUCUCACCUUGAGCUAAAGGGAUUUGUGAUCUUGGCUUCAGUGGGAGUUCAGUCAGGCCCUGUCCAUAGUGUCGUGUUCAUCCGCGUACGAAUCUCGGGGUUACCAUGCCUUGAUUCUUUGCACCUCUUCUUCCAUUAACCCUCACCUCAAACUACUAAUCACUGAGCACGAACAAGCAGCUUUCUACGUCCAGUAGGAGUCUGCAGCAUUUUUACAAUCCUGACUGGCUGGGUCUGCUGCUGUUCCGAGUAAAAUACUCUGAAUUCCAUUUUAUCAAUAAAGCUUGAUUUAACAAACCAGA